AUGGACACCCAACCACCAAAUGACCCGGUGAGGAACACUCCCAAGUUCUCUCGCUACAAAUCCGUCCGUCGCGCUGCUGCUGCCGAGAAACAGCUCCACGCUCAAGGGGGCGCCUGUCCAGAGACGACUGCGAAGCCCAAGAGUGACACAAUUGCACGCAGCAUGUCGCGAUACCGCCGACCCAGAACCGCAGCAACGGGCACUGCUGCUGUAGACAGCCCUGCGCUGCCAGCCAUGCCCGCGUUAAACCACCACAUUCCGCCGCCUGUCAACAAGACAUGGCAUGGCGCUGUUGGCAGCAGCAUGAAGAGCCACGAGACAAGCUCCAGAGGCACCGAGAGCAAAGAGGAGGUGGAAGAAGAAGAAGAAGAACUGUCCGAGGCCGAGAAGGCGCGACUGCGGGAGGAGGCCAUGCGCACGCUGACCAUGGCGGAAGGACCCCAGCCGGCAGCUGCACGUGCGCCUGCUGCAUCUCGCGAUUACCUGCUGAAGCCGGAGAGCAGCCAUCACCACCAACGACGCGCCUCGUGGAAAGAGAAGCUGGGCUUGUCGCGCCAAAAGACCUCCGCCGACCCCUUGCGAGCCCCAGACGUCAAAAAGGGCAGCAUCGAGCCCAAUGGAAAAGGCAUUGUCCCCGGCAUCGAUGCUCCUCUGUCGGCUGUCAAUGCUGCUGGCGAACGAAGGGUUUUGGUCCGGUACAACUCGACUUCUUUCGAUCUGCCUGUGACGCCGACCACCCGGGCCAAGGAUCUGAUCUACUCCACCGUUGCAUGCUUGUCUGAGCGCAUUGAUCCCAAGACUGCCAUUCUGCUCGAAACCUUCUCUUCGCUCGGCCUCGAAAGACCCCUCCGGCGCUACGAGCAUAUCCGCGACGUUCUGAACUCGUGGGCAACCGACGAUGCAAACUCGCUCGUCGUUUGCGAGUCUCCACAGCACAAAAAUUUGGAGUUGAAAGCUGCACCAUCAAGGCAGCCUGCUGACGCCACCCUUUAUCUUUACCAUUCAUCAAAGCCCGGAAAAUGGGAUAAACGCUACGUCACUCUGCGCUCUGAUGGACAGGUUGUGGUUUCCAAAAAGGCAAAUGCAAAAGAGGCCAAGGAUUUCACUAACAUCUGUCACAUUUCCGACUUUGACAUCUACACGCCAAGCGCUCAUCAGCUCUCGAAAAAGUUGAAGCCUCCUAAAAAAAUCUGCUUUGCCGUCAAGAGCCAGCAGAAGUCGUCCAUGUUUAUUUCUACGGAAAACUUUGUACACUUUUUUGCGACAAACGAUUCCAACGUAGCAGAAAGCUGGCACGACGCUGUGCAUGGCUGGCGCAGCUGGUACCUUGCGCAUGUCGUGAAGCUGGAUGAAAAGUACCAGGAAUCAAUGAACACCCAAACCAGCUUGCUACCAACAGACUUGCAGGAUCCACUCCAUUAUGGACACCAGCAACCAACCGACUCACUCCCCUUUCAGCUGGGCUCGAAGCCGCUGGUGGAUUUUGGUCGGAAUGCAGACAUUGAUGGGAAAGGAUCUGACAAGCACAGCAUCGAGUCUGCCAAUCCACCUGCCAACACGCGAGAUCUUUUCCUACGCAACAAAAAAGCGCGACAAAAUGCACCUCCUCCUUCUGCAUUUCCUUCCAAUCUGCCCAAAGUUGACCUUCUAAGCAUCUCUUCUUCUGAUCACGAUGAUGAUGCCACUUUUUCACCAGAUAGUCUUCUUGGCAGGACAUACAGCCAGAGGCAGACUGCGCAGCGUGAGCGUGAGGCUAGAGAAGCGAAUAACAACGAUCCCUUCAUGUCACACGGGCUCCUGAUGAACAUGAAUCAAGCACCUCCCAGCCAGUCCUCGAACGCUCUUAGCAACUCUUCAACCCAUCACGCUGUGCGCGCGCCUCACCAGCCUGAGGGAGUCUCGCAUUCUCGAUCAAGCUCUGUUCGUCAGAAGCCUAAACCGCUCAUCGACUUGACACCCGUCUAUCAGGAGCCGCCUCAGCACUCACGAAAAGGCCAUGGAGUUAGAAUCGAAGCAGGUGUGCCCCUUGUGGAGGGUGCUACCGGAUACGAGUCUAUCCCCGGAGUGCCUGACAUCCCACCGGCAACGACAUGGAAACGAGAGCUGGCUCGGCCAUCUACCGCCAACGAGUCGUCCGCUGCGUCGAUUGCUCCACGUCGGGGUAAUACCGUAAGGAGUACACAGCAACGCGAUUUUUCAAACUCAUCCAACUCUCCAUUCAUGCCGAACGGUCUCCUGGCUCAGACUGGCCAUGUACAUGCCAGCACGGGAGUUGGUCGUGGAGUCGCAACCGGCCAUCGCCAGGCUACUCGUCCUCUACUUGACUUGACGCCCACGAGCCAAUUUGCCGAGGGGAGUCUACUGCGAAACAUAGAGCGGCAAGCAUAA